AUGGAAGUCAAUUCCUUUAUAUUUCCUGCUCCUAAAUGUGAAUACACUGAAAAGAAUUUCAAAGAACUUAUUUGGGUUCCUGUCUAUAAAUCAAAAUAAAUUAAACAACUAGGUGUUUAAUCUGCCAAUCAAUCUAAAAGACCUAGUACACAAUAAGACUUUUAUUUUGAGGAAUCCAAUUAUGAUUAAGAUGUAGAUGAAAAUAUUAUUGUACAUAAAUCUCCUCCAAGAUUAUUAAACAAAUAUAAGUCUAAUAAUGUUAAAACUCUCUUAUCAAAAAAACAUUAAAAUAGAUUAUAUGAAUCAUUAGCCAAUGUUUGUUUGACAUCAACUCCAAAUGAAAAAAUAUAACAUCCUAGAUGUAAUAAAUUACCAAUAAGGCAUUUAAAAUAAAUUACAUAAUAAGAUGAAGAAGAAUGUGAAAUUAUUAAAAAAAUCCCUUGUGCUUAUAUUAAUAAUCAAUCUAAAUAAACUCUUGUUUAUUUUCAUUCAAAUGGUGAAGAUUUAUAUUAAGCUUAUGAACUUAUGUGGCGAAUUGGAAAUUCAUUGAAAUUAAAUAUUUUGGGUGUUGAAUAUCCAGGUUAUGGUAUUUACAAAGGUGAUUCAAAUGAAUAAACUAUAUUAGAAGAUGCUGAUCACAUUAUGAAUUAUUUGAUAAAUACCAAAAAAAUAGAAGAAUCAAAUAUUAUGAUAUGCGGAAGAUCGAUUGGAAGUGGGUGAUUUUAAUUAAUUUAUUUUAGGCCUGCUUGUUAUAUUGCUAGUAAAUAUAAACCAUUCAUGUUGAUUCUUAUUUCCCCAUUUUUAUCUAUCUAAUAAUUAGUAGAACAUAAAUUGGGGAAAUUUGUUAGUGUCCUAAUAAAAGAAAGAUUUCCAAAUUAUAAACAUAUCUCUGAAGUUUAAUGUCCAAUAUAUAUUUUACAUGGUCAAUCUGAUAACAUGAUACCAUUAAGUCAUGCAUUAAAAUUAUAGAGACUUUGUAAAUGUAAAUGCAAAUUGACAACCCCAUAUCAUAUGACACAUGCAACUUUUAAUUUGUAAUAAGAUUUAAUCAUACCUUUAUUACGAUUUAUGAUGAAUUGA